CCCAAUUCCCAUCCCCCCGCCAUUAAAUCGCGCGCCACUUUCCCCGGCGGAGCCGCGACCACCGUCCUUACUCAUCGUCGGACUCCGUAGCAGUUUCCUGCUGUUUGCAAAACCUUUCGCUGUCGCCUCGAUCUCCAUAAGUGGCCGUAGUGGUGCUUUGUCCCGGUUCGCUCGCUUUUCAGAGUUGGUCUCCGUUUUGUGAAUAGGUCCGUGCAUCUGGAACCUAUGGAUGUGACCCAAUCUGUUCUUAACAAAGAUGCAUAUGCUUUUCGAACAUAAACCUUUUAGGUGGAGCAUAAUGGUGGCUUUUAAGAAUAGAUACAUGGUGAUGGAAGUUUUCUUGGACCCAAAUCGAGACAUCAAAGGCGACGAUUCUAUUAUCAUUACACCGUUCAAUUUGAUGAAAGCAAUUAAAGAUAGCAUUCUUCCAAACUUCGGGGAAUGUUUCUUGGCUUCGUCACUUGGUUCACUGCAAGUCAAGUAUGUGAACCCCAUCACAAAGAUAUGCAUAAUCAGAGUUUCUAAAGAGAACCAUCAGAAAGUUUGGUCAGCUAUUACCAUGGUCCGGAAGAUAGGGAAUUGCCCGGCAUUUUUCAACCUACUGGACCUUAGUGGAAGUAUAAGGGCUUGUAGAGUAGCUGCUUUAAAGUGUGACGAGAAGAAGUUUGAGCACUACAAGCUCAUGGCUGGGGACCGAUUGUCCACUGAUGAUAGUCAGCGCAUGCAAAACUAUCUGGAGAAGAUCAAACUUUUGGAGAACUGAUACUGUUGCUGCCUGUUUAGGUAUGGUUUGGUAGCGUAGAGUAGGGAGAUCAUUUUGGGGCAAUAGAGUAAAAUGAUUUGGUGGAGAAGGUUCUUUGUCUGUGUUUGUGGAUAUAGUGAUAUGUUUUUGUGUCUGUUUGCACGUUUCUCAGAAAAGGUUUGUAUCUGUGAGAAUGAUCAAAUUUGACCUCGUGUAUUCUAUACCAGGUACGAGGUAGGGAAGUUUAGUUUCUGGCACUUCGUAGCUGCUGAGUAUGUUUUGGGAUAAUCUCGCUUUACCCUUCAUUGUGUGAAGCCAUUGAGUUAUCUGGAAUACAUAUUGCAAAUCUGUUUAGUGUGAACAUGGAAAGGAAACACAUUAACCGUUU